AUGGAAAAAUCCAAAAAUUUCCGCAUCGACGCCUUGCUGGCGGUGGACCCCCCGCGAGCCGCCUCCGCGCAGAGCGCGCCGCUGGCCUUGGUCACGUCGCUCGCGGCCGCGGCAUCUGGCCCCGGUGGUGGUGGCGGCGGCGGCGGCGGCGGCAGCGGGGCGAGCGGCAGCUGCAGCCCCGCGUCCUCGGAGCCGCCAGCGGCGCCCGCCGACCGCCUGCGCACCGAGAGCCCGUCGCCGCCUCGCCUGCUGGCCGCGCACUGCGCGCUGCUGCCCAAGCCGGGCUUCCUGGGCGCGGGCGGCGGCGCCGGUAGCACGGGCGGCGGGCAUGGGGGGCCCCACCACCACGCGCACCCUGGCGCUGCCGCCGCGGCCGCCGCUGCAGCCGCCGCGGCCGCCGCCGGGGGCCUGGCGCUGGGGCUGCACCCGGGGGGCGCGCAGGGCGGCGCGGGCCUCCCGGCGCAGGCGGCGCUCUACAGCCACCCGGUCUACGGCUACUCGGCGGCGGCGGCGGCGGCCGCACUCGCGGGCCAGCACCCGGCGCUCUCCUACUCGUACCCGCAGGUGCAGGGCGCGCACCCCGCGCACCCCGCCGACCCCAUCAAGCUGGGCGCCGGCACCUUCCAGCUGGACCAGUGGCUGCGCGCGUCCACCGCGGGCAUGAUCCUGCCCAAGAUGCCCGACUUCAACUCCCAGGCACAGUCGAACCUCCUGGGGAAGUGCCGCCGGCCGCGCACGGCCUUCACCAGCCAGCAGCUGCUGGAGCUGGAGCACCAGUUCAAGCUCAACAAGUACCUGUCGCGGCCCAAGCGCUUCGAGGUGGCCACCUCGCUCAUGCUCACCGAGACCCAGGUGAAGAUCUGGUUCCAGAACCGGCGGAUGAAAUGGAAACGCAGCAAAAAAGCGAAGGAGCAGGCGGCGCAGGAGGCGGAGAAGCAGAAAGGCGGGGGCGCGGGCGCGGGACAGGGCGGCGGCGCGGAGGAGCAGGGCGCGCAGGAGCUGCUGGGGCCGCCCGCGUCGGGGGACAAGGCCGGCGGACGCCGUCUGCGGGACUUGAGGGACAGUGACCCCGAGGAGGACGAGGACGAGGACGACGAGGACCAUUUCCCCUACAGCAACGGCGCCGGCGCCCGCGCCGCGUCCUCCGACUGCUCCUCUGAGGACGACUCACCGCCCCCGCGGCCUGGCGGGCCCGGGCGCCAGCCCCCGCCGCAGUAG